GGUUUUAUGUCGCAUACACACUUAUAAACAUGUACUGCGGAACAGCGAGACUGCUGCUGCUGCUGCUGUGCACGUAGCUAUCUGUUACUUCUGCUGGUCUUGCAGGUCGUCAUCACCCAACUGUGACUGGACUGCAUUGCAAAAUUGUAAUCCCAUCAAUGCCCGAGCAUGGCAUAUGGAAACACUGUAAACGCCGCAAAUUUCCGUUGAGCUGUCCCCUGUCAUUGCUGUUCACAGCACAUCAGCGCAUGCUGGUGUAGGCGUUCCUGUAGAUAUGCGCGCAGCUAUUCCUGCAGCUAGUCCUGCAGCUAUUCCUGCAGCUAUUCCUGCAGCUAUUCCUGCAGCUAUUCCUGCAGCUAUUCCUGCAGCUAUUCCUGCAGCUAUUCCUGCCGCUAUUCCUGCAGCUAUUCCUGCAGCUAGUCCUGCAGCUACUGUAAAACGACAAACUUUCGCGAUUUGCCAAAACGCUAAAUUUAGCCGCCGGGCAAGUUUGUCGUUUUACAGUAGUCCUGCAGCUAGUCCUGCAGCUAGUCCUGCAGCUAUUCCUGCAGCUAGUCCUGCAGCCAGUCCUGCAGCUAGUCCUGCAGCUAGUCCUGCAGCUAUUCCUGCAGCUAGUCCUGCAGCUAUUCCUGCAGCUAGUCCUGCAGCUAUUCCUGCAGCCAGUCCUGCAGCUAUUCCUGCAGCUAGUCGUGCAGUUAGUCCUGCAGCUAGUCCUGCAGCUAGUCCUGCAGCUAGUCCUGCAGCUAGUCCUGCAGCUAGUCCUGCAGCUAGUCCUGCAGCUAGUCCUGCAGCUAGUGCUGCUGCUAGUCCUGCAGCUAGUCCUGCAGCUAGUCCUGCAGCUAGUCCUGCAGUUAGUCCUGCAGUUAGUCCUGCAGCUAUUCCUGCAGCUAGUCCUGCAGCUAUUCCUGCAGCUAUUCCUGCAGCUAGUCCUGCAGCUAGUCCUGCAGCUAGUCCUGCAGCUAGUCCUGCAGCUAGUCCUACAGCUAGUCCUGCAGCUAUUCCUGCAGCUAGUCCUGCAGCUAUUCCUGCAGCUAGUCCUGCAGCUAUUCCUGCAGCUAUUCCUGCAGCCAGUCCUGCAGCCAGUCCUGCAGCUAUUCCUGCAGCCAGUCCUGCAGCCAGUCCUGCAGCUAAUCCUGCAGCUAGUCCUGCAGCUAGUCCUGCAGCUAGUCCUGCAGCUAUUCCUGCAGCCAGUCCUGCAGCUAUUCCUGCAGCUAGUCCUGCAGUUAGUCCUGCAGCUAGUCCUGCAGCUAGUCCUGCAGCUAGUCCUGCAGCUAGUCCUGCAGCUAGUCCUGUAGCUAGUCCUGCAGCUAGUCCUGCAGCUAGUCCUGCAGCUAGUGCUGCUGCUAGUCCUGCAGCUAGUCCUGCAGCUAGUCCUGCAGCUAUUCCUGCAGCUAGUCCUGCAGCUAGUCCUGCAGCUAUUCCUGCAGCUAGUGCUGCUGCUAGUGCUGCUGCUAUUUCUGCUGCUAUUUCUGCAGCUAGUCCUGCAGCUAGUCCUGCUGCUAGUGCUGCUGCUAGUCCUGCAGCUAGUCCUGCAGCUAGUCCUGCAGCUAGUCCUGCAGCUACUAGUCCUGCAGCUAGUCCUGCAGCUAGUCCUGCAGCUAGUGCUGCUGCUAUUCCUGCAGCUAUUCCUACAGCUAGUGCUGCUGCUAGUGCUGCUGCUAGUCCUGCAGCUAGUCCUGCAGCUAUUCCUGCAGCUAGUCCUGCAGCUAUUCCUGCAGCUAGUCCUGCAGCUAGUGCUGCUGCUAUUCCUGCAGCUAGUCCUGCUGCUAGUCCUGCUGCUAGUGCUGCUGCUAUUCCUGCAGCUAGUCCUCCAGCUAGUCCUGCAGCUAGUCCUGCAGCUAUUCCUGCAGCUAGUGCUGCAGCUAGUCCUGCAGCUAUUCCUGCAGCCAGUCCUGCAGCUAUUCCUGCAGCUAGUCCUGCAGCUAGUCCUGCAGCUAGUCCUGCAGCUAGUCCUGCAGCUAGUCCUGCAGCUAGUCCUGCAGCUAGUCCUGCAGCUAGUGCUGCUGCUAGUCCUGCAGCUAGUCCUGCAGCUAGUCCUGCAGCUAGUGCUGCUGCUAGUGCUGCUGCUAUUUCUGCAGCUAUUCCUGCAGCUAGUCCUGCUGCUAGUGCUGCUGUUAGUGCUGCUGCUAUUCCUGCAGCUAGUCCUGCAGCUAGUCCUGCAGCUAUUCCUGCAGCUAGUCCUGCAGCUAGUCAGGCGCGUACGCAGGGUCACCUCUAG